AUGGGCAACAAGCAAACAGUGUUCACUUAUGAACAGCUGGAAGAGUAUCAGGACUGUACUUUCUUCACAAGAAAAGAGAUAAUGAGGCUUUUCUAUCGCUACCAGGACCUGGCACCUCAGCUGGUCCCCAUGGACUAUACCAGCUGCCCUGAUGUAAAGGUGCCCUAUGAGCUUAUUGGCAGCAUGCCAGAGCUGAAGGACAACCCUUUCCGCCAGAGGAUCGUGCAGGUCUUCUCUCAGGACGGGGAUGGCCACAUGACAUUGGACAACUUUCUGGACAUGUUCUCUGUGAUGAGUGAGAUGGCUCCGCGAGACCUCAAGGCUUACUAUGCCUUUAAGAUUUAUGACUUCAAUAAUGACAACUAUAUCUGCGCCUGGGACCUGGAGCAGACGGUGACCAGGCUGACCCGGGGAGAGCUGAGCACUGAGGAGGUGAGUUUGGUGUGCGAGAAGGUGCUGGAUGAGGCUGAUGGGGACCAUGACGGGCGGCUGUCCCUGGAAGACUUCCAGAACAUGAUCCUGCGUGCACCCGAUUUCCUUAGCACCUUCCACAUCCGCAUCUGA